CAGCAGCAGUGUUGGAGCUCAGAGGACAAGCUAACGUUGCUAUUGACCGGUAGCUGUCAGCUACGUUAUGCUGUGUCCUACAUUUGUUGUUUUUUUUUCUUAACAGGGACCGUGGAGUCUGUUAUUGAUUUUAUUUGAUUAUUGAGGCGCUAUCGCGGCCACAGGAAGAGGAAGUUGGGUUACAAUCAUGUCUGCAGCCUUAGCAUGUGGAGCUGUGGUGUUUCCAGGCCUUUUCUACACCUUCAGGAAAAUACUGAAAUCAACUUUCACACACUGGACUGAUGCGGACGUGGUUUCGGUCAGUGAGAGGCUUGUUUCUGCCAUUCAUGCAUCUUUGGCUACUGCAGCUGGAGUGACAGUCGUGACAUCCUGCAAGGAUGUCAUGACUGACAGUCACUGGCUGGUCAAUCAGUUUGUUCUCUUUGGAGCUCCCUACAUGGCUCAUGACAUUUAUGCCAUGUAUCUAAGUCACUUUUAUACUCGGAGGGUCAAAGGUCAUGCCAGUGCACACCACUCUCUUCAGACAUUGAUGGCUUUCCUCUCCAAGGACUGGACGUUGGUCCUCCAUCACCUGGCGCUGCUCCUGGUUUUCAUGCCCAUUACUCUGUUCUUCAGAAGAGGACUGGGGGAUUUCUUUGUUGGCUGCCUGUUCAAUGCAGAGUUCAGCACUCCUUUCAUCUCGAUAGGAAAGAUCCUCAUCCAGCUGGGUCUUGACAACACCAGGCUGCACAGAAUCAAUGGCAUCGUUGUCCUCCUGAGUUUCUUCAUGUGUCGGAUCCUGGUCUUCCCCUACAUGUACUGGAUGUAUGGCCGGCAGUUUGGGAUUCCCCUCCACAGAGUGCCCUUCCAUCUGCCUCUGCAAUGCAAUGUGGGUAACCUGGUGAUCCUGGCUCCACAGAUAUACUGGUUUAUCCUGCUGCUGAAGAAGGCUAACCGACUCUACCUGAGACAGAAGAGAGGGUAAGGAAACAAAGACAAGCCGAGACAGACUGAAGAGUCCACCUGUUUCCAAAAAUGACCAGGUUGGACACUGAGAUCAAGUAUUAGAGCCACUGUUGGGGAAAGAAACAGAGAUUUUAAAAGAAUCUUGAAAAACUCAGGAAAUUAUGAGAAUAAAUAAUUUUAGACUAAAGUUAUAUUUUGAGAAAAAACUCAAAUAUUUUGAUAGUCAUAAUUUACAAGAAAAAAGAAAACUAAUAAAACUAACUGUAAAAGGUAAAAUCCCAUCUUGAAAUAUGUCAUUUGACAUACAUUUUUCGAUUUUAUCUCAAAAUAUUGAUGUUUUUUCUUGUACAUUUUUGACUUUUUCCCUUUAAAAAUAUUAUGACUUCUCCUCAGAUGUUAAGACUGUCUCCUUGAAAUAGACUUUUUUCCUCAUUAUAUUUUGACUUUCUCAAAAGAUUACAACUUUUUUCCUUGAAAUGCUUUUUUUCUCACGAAACAUCUCAACUCAAACAUAUUUCUUUUCCUGAAAUCUUGUGAAUAUUUUCCUCAAAUAUGACUUUUUCUCAUAAAUGUCUGACUUUAUUCUCAAAAUCUCUUAUUUUUUUCCCCCAACAGCGUCAUACAGAGAAAUCUCAGUCUCAGUAGUCCAGUGUUUGCAGUGCACUACGUAAUUAAAUGCCUUUUAUCUGUGAAUCAUGACAUUGAUGUUUGAACUCUAGUUUUUGUGUCCUCUUAGAAGUGUUAGCUGUUACUGUGUGACACAACCAUCUUAAAAGUUGUGUUACAGCUUGCAUACUACAUUGUUGAUGCUUUAAUAUUUUAUAGAGAAUAUUUUUGUAUAAAUAUAAACUUGUUAAUUAAUAAAGCUGUUAAAUUAUCUGCUGCCUGUGGACACAUUUAUAGCCGCUGUUACCAAUGAACACGUACCGAUGCUGUAAAGAUAAAUGUACUACCCAGAUGGCUUUUUCUUUUCCAAUCAUUGCUUGCUGAGGUACCUCUACAGCACUUCAAUGAAUGGAAAAGAAUAAUUUCCAAGUUUUUUUGUGGGAAAGCAAAAACCAAGGAUAAGAUUUCUAAUAUUACACCUGCCCAAGGACAAAGGUGGCAUGACUUUACCUU